AUGUAUCGAUGGGUUGGCACCAUAUUCAGCAAGCUUGCUAGCCGGGUUUGCGACACCAGCCCUCGUGCUAGCCGUAAUACAGCGAAGAGAUCCGACCCUGCUGUCAAAACGGACCUCGAAACGGACCCUGGUGCUGUCGAACCCGACUCUGGUGCCGUUGAACCCGACUCUGGCGCCGUUGAACCCAACUCUGGCGCCGUUGAAUCUCAUCAGGGGUAG